AUCAGGACUGGGGGAGCACUGCAAACCUCCGCAGUAAGAGAGAGAGAGAGGGAGGGAGCGAGGGAGUGAGGGAAAGAGGAGAGAGCAGAGCGGGAGAUAGAGAGAUACCGGGAGUGUGAUGAUUUGCACUCCUAUCCAGACAGUUAGGCAGGGAGGGAGCGCAACAGAGAGUUGGUGAGAUGAGGAGUAUUCACACACCAGUCCACAUGGAUGGAUGAAAAGAAAAACAGGGACAAAGGGGGGGAAAAGAAGAAUCCCACCAACAUCCCUGUCAGGACUAAUCUCUGUGGACUUUCUCUGUCCGGGACUCAGGAAAGAAAGAACAUCUGUCAGUUGUGUGACCCUUGUACAUUCAUUAAUACUCUAUCCUAAUUCUUGGAUUAUCGCUGAAAGGAGCAGAGGAUAAACCAGCAAUUUCUGUCUGUCGACCUAGAUUGUUGCAGAGGUGGAACGAGACGGGACGGUGUGGUGUAUGGACCAGCCCCGGAGCAUCUGUGUUUACCCUGCAUGGUCACUGUGAAAUAAAGAUGUGGGACUGAAGGCCAGACAGAUGAUGCUGUACACAUCUCCUACUUCCUUAAGUCCAAUUAUCGUCUGGGAUCUUUUCGCAAACCUACAAGGCGGGUUUCUCUGUCUGAUGAAUUCACUUUCACUACCUCAUGAGGAUGACCUUCUCCUGAAUUGCUGAAUCAACCUCCCUCCUAAGCACGUAUAAAUAUUGGUGAUCCCAAAUGUCACAGUGAUCACACAUGUCAUGGUGAUUGGACACAUAUGCACUCUAGUAAUCUGCUCCACUCACGUCAUCUCCAGUGAUUGAGGGUUCAGCAUGUCAAGGGGCAAACUGGAGACCUGUGCUCAAUUUACAAGUCAAUGGUGGCUGGAGCCAGGCGUACAGAGGCUGAUGAGAAAGGUGGAGAGUGAAGGCCUGUUCCAUUAGUGAUCCCGGGGGAGACAUGGGCCUGGACACUGCCCGGACGCACUGACCUCUCCUGGACAGAUUCUGUACAUUACUAUGUUGUGCACUGGGGAAUCUACAUGGCUGACUGACAAACUCUUGGAGUACAAGCUCGUGGAUAUAACUAUUUUUUUACAUUUACAGAUCUGACUACUGUCUUCUCACUGGGGACAAAAAAAGCAAAAAACAAGGAUUUGGAUCGUACUAUGAACAGUACAUUCCAGCCCUGUGCAAGGGAAAGAGUCUGUGUUUCUUUGUUUUCUUGGUUGGCUGUGUUUCUCCUGCCUGGGAAUAUCAUGAGAUUAUAAACAGGAGGUGGCUCCAACAUCUUAUCCCUGUUCCACUCAUCCAUCAAUGCUCCCACCAUCACCGAAGCAAACGGACCAGAGAUCUGAGAAAAAAAGUCUGCUGAGGACAUUAGCCUAUAUUCUCUUAACAUCCACCAGGUGCAGGUGGCCGAUUCCUUUGCUUUCUUGCCAUUGAGGUUAGGAAGAAAAAGCUGGCAGCCCGUAGACAGUCUUUGGCGAGACAGACAGGUGCUUUUCUGGCUGUCAGCCUCUCUGGGAGGGACAAGCAGUGAAAGGAAAAGCCUCGCUGGGGGGCUCUGCUGGAGCGGAAACACUUUUCCACUGGCUAUGUUUGGAUGUGAUGCUUGUCUCUGUGGAUCUAACAUGGACUCUAUGGCCUGAUUACACAGCCCUGGUAUUCAGAUAGUGCUGGAGGGAAGGGAUAAUGCAUAUCCUUCCCUACCUGGAACAAGAAGCCACCAUGAGCAACGUCACAGUCACCGACAACACUGAACCUAUCAGCCGCACCAUGAGUCCGGCAACCCCCAGCCCGUAUCCCUAUCCUGUUAGUUUUCAGGUCUCCCUGACUGGUUUUCUCAUGCUGGAAAUCCUCCUGGGCCUGAGCUCAAACCUCACUGUGCUUGCCCUCUACUGUAUGAAGUCAAACCUCAUUAGUUCUGUCAGUAACAUCGUUACCAUGAACCUCCAUGUGUUGGAUGUGCUGGUUUGUGUGUGCUGCAUCCCUCUCACCAUUGUGGUGGUGCUGCUGUCCCUGGAGGGAGACACUGCCCUCGUCUGCUGCUUCCACGAAGCCUGCGUCUCCUUUGCUAGUGUUGCCACUGCUGCUAAUGUGCUUGCCAUCACCCUUGAUCGCUACGACAUCUCAGUCAAACCAGCUAACCGGGUGCUGACCAUGGGCCGUGCCCUGGCCCUGCUGGCUGCCAUCUGGGUGCUCUCCUUUGCUAGUUUCCUCGUACCCUUUAUUGAGGUGGGCUUCUUCGCCCAGGGCCACGCUGAGCUGAACCAAACAGUGGUGGAGAAUGUGGUCCACACUAACCAGUACUACACAGAGCUCGGCCUCUAUUACCAUUUGCUUGCUCAGAUCCCUAUUUUCUUCUUUACUGCCGUUGUCAUGCUCAUCACCUACUCAAAGAUCCUGCAAGCACUCAAUAUUCGCAUUGGCACACGUUUCCACGCUUCACAGAAGAAAAAGGCUCGCAGGAAAAAGCGUCCAUCCAUGACGGCCAUGACAACGCAGCAAGAGGCCACAGACGGAUCCCAGAGCAGUGGCAGCCGCAACCCCACACUGGGCAUGCGCACCUCUGUCUCUGUAAUCAUUGCCUUGCGCAGGGCUGUUAAACGCCACAGAGAAAGGCGAGAACGCCAAAAAAGGGUUUUCAGGAUGUCCCUCCUGAUUGUGUCUACCUUCCUUCUGUGCUGGACACCAAUCACAGUGCUCAACACAGUCAUCCUGAGUGUGGGCCCCAGUGACCUAAUGGUCAAAUUGAGACUGGGCUUCCUGGUCAUGGCUUAUGGGACCACUAUCUUUCACCCUCUACUCUAUGCCUUCACUAGGCAGAAGUUCCAGAAAGUCUUGAAAAGCAAAAUGAAGAAGCGAGUCGUGUCUAUUAUUGAGGCCGAUCCUACACCUAAUAAUGCUAUCAUCCACAACUCCUGGAUCGACCCAAAAAGGAACAAAAAGGUGACAUUUGAGGACAAAGAUGCCCGACAGAAAUGUCUGUCCUCUGAGGAUGUGGAGUGAAGGAACUUAUUAUCUUUAGGGUAUACAGUCAAUAAAAGCAGCUAAAACUGACAUCAGGUCAUGAUGAAAAAGGGAAAAUAUUAAUCCAAAGCAGUAAUGUAAAUAAUAUGUGUAAUAGAAUGUACAAAAACAAGAGGUGGAUAAUUUAUUACUAUUUAUUGAGAACAAAAGUAGGUUUCAUAGAUAUACCAUAUACUGUACUGUAGAUAUUGCAUGGCUUUUUGUAACAGUAGCAACAUACAGUACAUUGUGUACAUACAUAAUAACAUGUACAGCAUAGGGUAAACAAGGUAUAUAAAUAGACAGAGAGAGAGAAGUAGGACUUGUUCUGUAUAUGUAUAUUUAUAAUAAAUUUCGUGUUCACUCACCUAACGCAGCCAAAGGCUUCCUGUUCUCCCCCAAGUGAAGUGUCUGUGAUUCUCUAACAGCUGUGAGAUUACUCCCAUCCAUCACCACCAUGCCACUUGCUCCGACACCAGACCCUGCAGUCCUCAGUGACCACUGACCUUAUUGCCUGGGAGCCCUCGGAGGUGAGGCCCUCAGACUGAAAUGAGACUAUAGGUAUGGGGAUACAACAAAGAGAGACAGGUGCACCGUGAGAGAUAGGAAUGGAGAGGAAGCAGUGAAGUAGUGUAUGUUAUUUUCCUAUAGCAGAAAAGCUUAGGGGGAUACUGUUCAUUAUCACUGCUUUUACAGUUGAAGGAGAACAUUCACAUUCCUGAAACACAACAGAACACUGUGGUUCUCAUCAUCUUGUUUGACAUAAACCAGAUGUAAUCAAAACCUAGUCUGUUUCAUUUUAACAGCCACCUCUUCGAGCCAAAUGGAAAAUCUACAGAUGCCUUAUUUCGGUGUGAUGAAUUGAGCAUGGCUUUAUGGUGAGACAGGGUCUGUGAUAGUGACAGCACAUACUGAACAUAAUGAAAAAAAUAAUAACAAAUACUGUUUUAAUCCUCAGAUGGUACAUUUUCAUAAAGAAAUUAUUCAAUCAAACCAAAGGAAAAGGUUGAAAAUGGUUGUACUAUCAAAUUGUUUGUUUUGAAUAACACUAGCUUCACAACAAUGCUCUCUAAAUAAGCAAAUCCAUAUCUGCAAUAAAGGCCUACUGCAAAAAUCUCAAAGCUUAAUAAAAGAUUCUGUUUACAAUAUACGAUAACAAAUACUGAAGUUCUUCUUCCCUGCCUGUGUUUGUCUACCAACAGUGCGUGUCUUCCUUUGUUUGUCAGGGUAUAAGACAGUGAAAUUGUAUUUCCCAAGUGGCCGCUGCUGGUAGAUUAUAAUGCAGCCAGCCUUGUAUUCUUGGCUCAACUAGUCUAUGAGUUUGCCCUAAAUAAGUAGGAAUAAUUUAUUCGUACAGCAGCAGAAGAAUUUCAGUAGUAAGAAUCGACAAGAAAAAAAAAACCUGUCGGCUUAUUACAUUCAGCUUGCACUGUAAUAUCGAAUCUAGAUGCAGAUGCAAUGACCAUUAGCAUAUAAAGCCAUGCUUGGCUAGCCCGGUGGCUCACUUCACUACAAUCCCCAGGUGAAGGAUUACAUUCUCUCUGAGAUGGACAUAUACAGUGUAUCCACACACAUGCAUAAAGAUACACGCACACACAAAUUCAUAUGUACACUGUAUGCCACAGUAUAUCUCAGUAAUGAGCUCAUUAUGCCUUUGCUGUCUCAGGUACAGUAGAAAAUUGAAGAGCCCUUUAGAUCCUGAGAGCACAGGGUUGUUGGCUACCAAAGCGAUUACACAACCUCCAUCGGAUGCUUCUCUGGCUGUCGGUGUGUGGUUUGUAGCACAACAGAGAGCACUGAUAUGGGAAUAUUGAUGCAGGCGAGGUUCUUUAUGACCCAGCUGUAAACAGGCAGUGUGGAUGUCACGGUGCCUUGAGGGCACGUCUGUGAUUGAGAGUGGAGAUGGGAUCGCAGCCAGCAACAGAUUAGCCGACAGGGAAGGGAAAAUGACCUGUGAGAUGAAGCAUCAAGCCAGAGGAUAAAUUUAAAAACACUAAUGUGUACGAGUCCAAAUUUUAGAAGGCAAUCUUUAAACAGCGGUGUGUCAAUAUACAAAUGCUAUAUGUAUUUCUGUUACCACUGUGACAAUGAUACACAACUCCCAGCAGUCCACUCCUGCUGAAUACAUAAGUUAGAUCAAAUGUCAGGUACUAUUCCAAACUUCAUCAGUGCUACUGAAAAAAAUCAUUUGUAUUGAUUACCUUCUAAAAUUACCUCUAAAAGGCCAAUACCAUUUACACCAACUAGACUUUGAGGUCACAAUUUGUUUUCCAUCCUUAGGAGCCUCACUGACCAAGCCAAAAAGGCCUGCCAAGGACAAAAGACACAGCCUGAUGUUCUGACUGAAAUACCACUUUGUUAACAAUCCAUUAAUCAGUCUGACAUUCACUUCUUGUCACUCAUUUUUUCUCUCUUUUUUCUGGUGUCUGUGUGUGUGUGUGUUUGGGGUGGGGAGAUAUUUUCCUCUCACUACUCACUGAGACUGAUGUAUGUUCCUUUGAUGUCAUUUUCAGCCGCUAUGUGAGUACUAGGUAGGUGCAGUUGGCUUCACAUUUAUCAUGUUAAUGGAUAAAAAUCUUUGAUCUAUGA